UCAUAUAUCUCCUUCAAACAGUUGAGCACUACUUUCCCUUCUUUACCCACUCCAGCAUUUUGCUAUAUCCUGAGAUUCAAAGUAUAAUAUUUCAACCAAAGUAACCUCAGCUAUGGCAACUUCUCUACUUUCAUCAGCUGUCUCCAUCCACAAAGAGGGAAAGUCACUCGUGCAACUCAAGGAAACAACUUCCCUUGGAACUUCUAUUAGCGAGCAUCUGAAGACAAAGUUCAAUCCAACCAUCGUAAGGAGCAAGAGAGAGUAUAGCCAAAGGACCAGAAGCAUUAGAUCCCAAACGGCAGUAAUGACUCCAGCUGUUAACCGUGCCUCACAAGAAAAGAAGAAAACACUAAGAAAGGGAAGCGUGGUGAUCACCGGAGCUUCGUCAGGACUCGGUCUAGCCACAGCAAAGGCUCUGGCAGAGACGGGGAAAUGGCACGUCAUAAUGGCCUGCAGGGACUUCCUCAAGGCUGAGAGAGCAGCUAAAUCAGCAGGAAUGUCCAAGGAGAACUACACCAUUAUGCACCUCGACCUCUCUUCCCUUGACAGUGUCAGGCAGUUUGUGGACAACUUCAGGCAGUCAGGUAGACCACUUGAUGUGUUAGUAAAUAAUGCAGCUGUCUACCAGCCCACUGCAAGAGAACCAGCUUUCACAGCCGAAGGGUUCGAGCUCAGUGUCGGAACUAACCACCUAGGACAUUUCUUACUAUCCCGGUUGCUAAUGGACGACCUAAAUAAGUCUGAUUACCCAUCUAAGCGCCUCAUCAUCGUCGGCUCAAUAACAGGUAACACAAACACGUUGGCUGGUAAUGUACCUCCAAAGGCCAACCUAGGGGAUCUUCGUGGACUUGCAGGGGGGCUGAAUGGAUUGAACAGUUCAGCCAUGAUUGACGGAGGAAACUUUGAUGGUGCCAAGGCCUACAAGGAUAGCAAAAUCUGCAACAUGCUCACCAUGCAAGAGUUCCACAGACGUUACCACGAGGAGACCGGAAUCACAUUUGCUUCUCUCUACCCUGGUUGCAUUGCUACGACUGGCUUGUUCAGGGAGCAUAUUCCAUUGUUCAGAACCCUUUUUCCUCCAUUUCAAAAGUACAUUACCAAGGGCUUUGUCUCAGAAGAAGAAUCUGGUAAAAGACUUGCACAGGUGGUAAGUGAUCCAAGCCUAACCAAAUCAGGUGUUUAUUGGAGCUGGAAUAAGGAUUCAGCUUCUUUUGAGAACCAGCUAUCACAAGAGGCUAGUGAUGUUGAUAAGGCACGAAAGGUCUGGGAGGUUAGUGAGAAGCUUGUUGGGUUAGCUUGAAGAGCAACUUCGGAGAUAUAACUGGUAAGGGAGGAAGGACCUGCAGAACAGCCUUGGAUCUUGACGAGUGUGUGCUAUUGUGCGUAUGAACAGCUAGUAUAGUUGAGUAAUAAUAAGUUCCCUCUUGUAAAAUUUGAAAAUUUUGCACUAAAAAGAGCAAUAAAGCAACUCUUCAACAAAUAUCUAAUAUCAUGGCAAUUUCAAAUCAUAUUACAGAAAAUAUACGGUCGUGCUUGUUUCAA